CGAUCAGCCCGUCCCGGACGUGUUUCUCUCUCGCCGUGCGCGCACACACACCGCCGUGGCCUUCUCGACCGUAAACGCGCGCCCGACAUAAUAUAUAUACGUGUACGUGUGUUUACGUACGUGCGCCCCGUCCGCGUACGCCUGCGAUACGCGCACCGCGACCGCGUCGUAAUCGCGCGCCGUAAUAUUAAACUGCAGUGUCGUGCGUGAUGAUAACGGCAGUGCGGACGGCCGACGACCGUACAGUCGGUUUUUGAUCGCGUUUCGCACCCGUGAUACCCGCGCCGCGGCUAUCGUCCGCACGGAUUCGCCUACGCGUCCGUUUCGUCGCCGCCGCCGCCGUCGCCGCGCCGGCCGACAACAAUCGCCGCCCGCCUCGUAUACCGCGCCGUCGUUAACCGUCGCUCGUACCGCACGCUCGAAAAAAUAAUAAAAAAUAGUCCGCGAUGCGUCGCCGCCACUGAGACCGUCGCGCCGUCUCCGUGGUCGAACGCGCCCCGCAGGAUUUACCCGCACGCGAUGCUGCCGUACCAGGCGAUGGCCAUGGACUACGCGUCCGCGUCGUUCCAACGGCACCCGGCUGCCAACGUGGGCCACCAUCACCACGGGACCGGCGGGCCCGGCGGCGGCGGACCCGCCGUGGCCGCUGCCGCGGCCGCCGCGGCUUUCAGCCCCUCGUGGUUCGUGCCCGCCGACCUGUGCAUGCCGUUCGCCAAACAAAACCAACCGCUCGUCGAACCAGGGUCAGUUUUUUUUUUUUUUUUUUUGGUCUGACAGUGCACGCUGUUUUUUUUUUGUAUACUUUUCAUGUUUCGAUUUUUUUUUUUGGCGUCGAAACGGUUCGGUUCGCCGCUUGACAAUUGAACUUUUCUUUUUUCUAUUUCCGGGUUUUUCUAUAUAAUCACAGAGCACGGAUGAUAAAAAAAACACUUAUCCUUUUGUUUGUACAGAAGAGCAUUUUUGUUAUUUGCUAAUUUUUUUUUUUUUUUUUGACAUAAAAAAUCGCGGUCGAAUUUUCGUUAGGUGAGCAAAUUUUUGAAUUCUCAAACAAAAUUCAUGACGGUAUAAAUCGCAAGUUAUUCGUAUCAAAGUUAUAUCGUUGCAAAUUUAACUUUCGACCUUUUUUUACACACCCUUCAUUUUCCCGUGAAUUUGUUACCAAACUUAUUGUGUAGUCGCACAAAAUCAUUUAUAUUUUAAAAUUGACUUUGACAUUUGGAUUUAGUUUUUGUUUUUGUUUUUUUUUUUUUUAUAUAUAUAUACAUAUACACGUAAGACUUGUAAGAACUUGUAGUAAAAAAAAAAAAAAAAUUAUCGGCGCGACCUUGUCCCGCGGCACGCGUCCGGAACGCACAAAAACGGUUCGCGGGAUUAUUGGCGCGCGUAGAAAUAUUUCGUUUUCGUAUCACUUAUUCGAAAACUGCGGAUAACGACUACAACACGCGCGACGUCAUUAGAUUCUCGAAAGCGGCGGCCGCCGGGCCGCGAUUUCUAAAAUAAAGGCGUCCGUCCGCCGCUGCGGCGCCGCGGCAACGCAACGGCAACGCGAACGGGCGCGCGCGUAACGUGCGCGAUUACCAGACGCGAUUGAUAAUCGCAGACAUUCCGAUAUUCGUCCGCACGCGUACCCGCCGUCUGCCGUCCGAUUCGAUAUCGCGCGCCGCGCGACGGCCGCGUCCGGGGCGGGUUCCGUCCGCCGGACGGGUUGCGCAUUGUCACGCGGUAUUGAGUGCGUUACUCCGUCCGUCAUUGCCGGCGCGCCGGUUGAAUCGCACCAUAGAAAUCCGCCAACGCGUCCCGGCGUUAACGACACGUUUCCUCGCGGCGAUGCAGCAGUCGUCAAUAAUAAAGAUCUGCGAUACGAGAUUUUCUGGUUUUUUUUUUUUGUUUUUUUAAUACGCAAAACACAUUAUAACGUACCUUCCGGACGUCGAAGCGACUUGACGAUUUCCGCUCGCGCGCAUCAAACCGAUAACAUAGAACCCGCGCUGUGCGGCCGUACACGCGGGGGUUGGGGGAUGUUCCCCGUAGGGUACGGUGCACACGACACGCGCCGCAUACGCUCAGGACUUUUUGAAAACGCUACGGAUACGUUGCGCGCGCUCUCGAGUCUCGAUCGUUUUGCGAUCCUCAACUGUCGGGAUCAUUGUUGA